AUGACGACACCACCGCCAGCACCACCAGUAAUACACAUCUCACUAUCACACCCUCAAGUCCCUGUUCAACACUCCCCAUCCUUCUCCUCCCAACUCCCCUUCCCCCGUCUCCUCUCGAACGGCAUUCCCCUCCCCCCGCGCUCCCAACACCUCCUCUCCCACUUUGCCAACAACAUCCUCGCUUCGCUCUCCUGCCACCCCUCCAUCCACGCCGACUUCCGCGACGGCCUGAUCCCCGCCACCUUGGCCUCUCCUCCCCUCUUAUCCGCCUGUCUAGCACUGGCGGCUGCCGGGUUGCUUUCCCGCGGGGUAAUGUCCCUUGAUGGGGUUGCCACGACACGCGUGCUGGAGCAUUUGGAGUCAUCUGGUUUGGCGUUGUUGCGGGAGACAUUGGGCCGUUCUGGAGGGGGCUCAGGGGGCCCAGGGGGGUUGUUGUUGGAUGAGACGGCUAUGGCGACUUGUUUGGUGUGGUGUUUGGCGGAUGUUUUUGCUUUUGAUCGGGGGGCUGUUGCUGGUGAGAACACGAGAACUGCGGGUGAGAGUACGAGUAAUAGUACUGUGAGAGGAGGAGGGGGGAAGAUGACGAGGGGCACGGCGUGGAGGAUUCAUUUGCGGGGGAUUCGGGCGUUGUUGGAUAGGGAAGGACCGCAUCGGGAUUUUCGGGAUUCAAAGGGGAAGUUGAGGGCUGCGAGACGGCAUUUGUAUCAGUUGUAUUUGGCGCUAAGGACGUUGCCGUAUAUCCCGGCUUCGGAGGAGGUGGAAGACGCUGAACAAGAAAAGGAGGAACAAGACGGAAAUGAGGAGGUCAAGGAUUGUGAGGGAGGAUUGGUGGUGGGUUCAAAGAGGUUGCGUCGGCCGAGGAUGAUAGGCCCGGAACCGGUAGCCUCGGUGUUGUUGUCGUCGUCAUCAGCACCGAGCUCGGAGAUCGAUGGGUUCCUGGGGUACAGCGACGAGUUGUUGGAUGUGAUUCGGCAGAUCGACCAUCUCUCACGGUCCGCUCCUUUCCCGGUGCCCACAACCUCAACCUCACCGUCACCACCACCAACAACAGCAACAACAACAAAACAGACAACAACGCCAAUAUCAACACCAACACCUAUACCCACCCCCGCCGACACCCUCCUCACCCACCUCCACCACAUCAUCGCCCGCGACACCGCCCACCCCCCAACCAUAAAUAUUCCACCCCCCAUCACCCCCUCCUACACCCACGAAUUCACCCUCUGCCACUACAUCUUCCUCCAAUCCACCCUCAUCCACCUCCACCGCCGCCUCUACCACCUCCCCUCUUCUUCCCCACCCAUCCGCACAGCCACCAACACUCUAACCGCCCUCCUCCACGAAAUCAGCAGCAUCCGCGACGCCACAGAACCCUGCCAUACUUGGGUGGCCAUGGCCAUGCCGCUGUUUACACUGGGGUGUGAGGUAGUGGAGGAUGAGGGGGUGGAGUUUGUGUUGGAGGGGUUGGGCAGGUUGGAGGGGUGUGUGAGGUCGGGACAUGUUGGGGGGAUGAGGAGGGCGUUGGGGGACGUGUGGCGGUUGAGGAGGGAGUGGGGGGAUUGGGGACGGGGGGAGGUUUGUGCGGGGGUGCUACUUGGGAGGUUGGAUUAUCAUGUGGUGUUGUUUUGA